CUCCAAUAAAUAAAAACCUCUUAUGUUAGUGAUGAUCCCAUCCAGAAAAUCCUGAUAAAUCAUUUCAUUCAUUUUCUCUCUCCUCCUCUUCUUCUCCUCCCAAUCAAUCGCCAUUGUUAUACCUCCAUUUCUCAGAUCCAUUCAACCAUGGCUACUGCUGUCUUCAAUGGCGAUGAAACCGCUCCCUUCUUCGGCUUCCUUGGUGCCGCCGCUGCUCUCGUCUUCUCCUGUAUGGGAGCUGCGUAUGGAACAGCGAAGAGUGGUGUAGGAGUUGCAUCAAUGGGAGUGAUGAGACCUGAAUUGGUGAUGAAAUCGAUUGUUCCAGUUGUUAUGGCUGGAGUUUUGGGUAUUUACGGCUUGAUUAUUGCUGUUAUCAUUAGUACUGGUAUUAACCCUAAGGCUAAAUCUUACUACCUCUUUGAUGGUUAUGCUCAUCUUUCUUCUGGUCUUGCUUGUGGUCUUGCUGGUCUUUCUGCUGGUAUGGCCAUUGGUAUCGUCGGUGAUGCUGGUGUUAGAGCCAAUGCCCAACAGCCCAAGCUUUUCGUUGGAAUGAUCCUUAUCCUUAUUUUUGCUGAAGCUUUGGCUUUGUACGGUCUCAUUGUUGGUAUCAUCCUCUCAUCCCGUGCUGGUCAGUCAAGAGCCGACUAGAAGCAGUUCGCCUCUUAAUCUUUGCUGUUUCCAUUGCCACCGCUGGAGAUGUAAUUUUUUUCUUACUCGGGCAGUGAGAGGGUUACUUGGCAUUCAAAGUGGCUCCUCUUGAAGGAUUUGAUUAUGGUCUUAUUGUUUUGAGUUGUGAUUAGUGGUUCUACAUGGAGAUUGUUAAAACCAGAAUAUGUAGAGUUUAAUAGUUAGUGUCUCCUCCAAAUAAAGUUAUGAUGUAUCAUUAUUUCCCAUCUUUGCACUCCUGGAUAUGGAGAUUUGGUUUGGACAUCCUGUAACAGUAUGUUGUGUUAGAUGCCAAAUAUUCUUUUGAUCUUUUCAUUCGUGGAUUCGAUAUACAUAAUUUAAGCAUCAUUCUUGCUUUGAUUUU